UCUCGACUAUAUCAAACAAAUUCAAGAAAGAUAUAAAAAGGCAAAAUAAUGAAGUCGGCCGUGGUCUCAGUCGUCCUACUCGUGAUUCUUGUGGCCUGGCCAGUAUCGGCUGACCGGAAAGACUUGCCAGGAGCGGGAGGAUACGGAGGCGACGAUGAGGAAGAGGACACAAAGACAUGGUUUCCUUUGGACAAUCAGUUAUCGUUGAGUUACUAUGAUAAGAUUUGUCCAAAUUUUGAGAAAAUCGUCGAUACAAAAGUGAGGGAAUGGACAAAGACUGAUCCUUCCCUUGGUCCAGCCCUCCUCCGUCUUCUCUUCCACGAUUGCGGUGUCACGGGAUGUGAUGCAUCGGUUCUCCUAGACCACAAAGGAUCAGAGAGAAGAUCUCCAGCAAGCAAAACCCUAAGAGGCUUCGAGCUAAUCGACGAUAUCAAGUCUGAGAUCGAGAAGUCCUGCCCCGGUUUAGUCUCAUGUGCCGACAUCCUAACCUCAGCUAGCCGCAGUGCAACCUACCAACUAGGUGGUCCUUACUGGCCCAACGCCUACGGACGUCGUGACUCCACCAACUCUUACGCUAGAGACGUCGAGAAAGUCCCUUCAGGCCGCCGUGACAUCACCGGCCUCCUCGAAACGUUUCAGUCUUACGGACUCAAUAUUCUCGACCUUGUCGUCCUUUCCGGGGCCCACACCAUCGGAAAAGCCUACUGUGGAACCAUCCAGUCAAGGCUUUACAAUUUCAACGCGACCCACGGAACUGAUCCGUCUAUUGACCCCAAAUACGCAGAUUUCUUGCGCCGCAAGUGUCGUUGGGCCUCAGAGACGGUUUACCUAGACGCCGUGACUCCGGUGGUAUUCGAUAAUCAGUAUUACAUUAAUCUUCAGAAGAAUAUGGGAGUUUUGACGACUGAUGCGGAGCUUGUGAAGGACCCGAGGACCGCUCCACUUGUAAAAGCUUUCGCGGAGCAGCCGCCUCAGAUGUUCAGACAUCAGUUUGGUGUGUCAAUGGCUAAGCUGGUCAAUGUUGGCGUCAUCACUGGUGAAGAUCGUACUGGAGAGAUCAGGAGGGUUUGCAGCAAAUCUAACUCUAAACGUUACUGAUUCUUUUUCCAAAAAAAAAACAAACGGUGCUGAGUUUGUAAACGAAUCUUUCUUGACAAAUAAUUUCUUGUUGUUUCAAUUUUAAUUUUAUGAUGAUACGUUGUCUGAACAACAAAAAUAUGUGAAUCUUGAUUUAUACUGAGAAUUAUUGUUAUGUUAAAAGUUAUCUAAGAUUCGUGUUUCUGAUUUGCAUUCGGCUCGAAAUCAAGAUGUCUAAAGGUUUACAAAGUUGAUUGAAUCCUAAAAUGUUAACUAUCUAGCCAAGUAAAUUAGCUGCAAUGCUUGGUGCAAGAAAAUUAAACAUGGGAGGCAUAAUCAGACAUCCUUAGUUUCAAAUCGAAAUCAUGUCUUUUUAGGUCUAUAAUAAAGUAGCUAAAAAUAAAAGUACAAAACAAGACAUUUUCUAAGACGAUUAAGAAAUAUUUAGGGAACAUAGUUAUGAGAUAUUGACCAAAAUUUAGAGCAACUAGAAGUAAAAAAAAAAAAGCAACUUGGGAACUUAGACUCGCUUGCC